AGCAAAUCAAGGAUUGCCGCCCCCAGAUAUCGAUCCCGAGGUGAUCACAAAUACCAUAGCAGGGGCUGUGAUGACUUCAGUGACAUAACGAAGAAUAAAUGUAUACGAUACGAUGCGAUAACACUCAUCCCAUCGCAGUCACCCUCUUCCUUGACUAGUCACUCUCACCGACCUUCUCAAAUCUAGUCAUCUAAAAUUCUCCGUCACUCGUUCACAAUUAAAUCUGAUUUCUCCACCAUAGACCACGAAUACACUCCCUCCCUGGAUGAUACCUGCUCACACCGAGGCAUCUGUUGUUAUCGCAACAAUCUGAUCACUCUCACUCUCACUCUCACUCCCUCCUCCUCACCUGCGGCUGAGCGUGGACAGAUAAACAAGGCCAGCACUUCAACUACCUACACCAACCUGAGACAUACAUCACCUCUCUCAUCGCAUCACAAUCGCAUGCUGCAUCGCUAGUACCACCAUCACCUCGCCUGGCGCAACAAAAUCCACCCCUCCUCACGACUCCUCGCAGUCGCAAUGGCCCCCCUCUCUCUCCCCUCUAUUUUCACAACGCGCAUAACCUCCCUCCACGCGCGCAAUCCCCAUCCACUACCUAUACCAACCAAAACCACAAAGUCCCUCUGGUCGCGCAUACUACAUGUCCGACUGGUGACGACGCCUGAUCCGAGUAUCAUCCCCACCACAUACGGGAGUAUAAACUCGAGUCUUUCCCCGGGCGUAAUCGUAGGAAUUGUCCUUGGUUCCGUGGGCGGUUUCCUGUUGUUACUUUGGUUGCUAUAUACUUGUUUGAGUCUGGGCAGGAUGGGGACGACGGCGUAUACGGAGGAGGUGGUUGUUGCGAGACCGCCUAGGAGGAAAAGUCAUAGGGGGAGUAGAGCGAGUAGGAGGGUUACUGAGGUAUGUUUCUAUUUACCACACCUCUUUUCUUUCCCAUUAAUUCAUUUGGCUCUUUAAUCUCACAGCGCCAUAUCCGCAACACCACCUCCCAGAUUUAUAUACUAACAUCCCAAAGACAGUAGAAGUCCGCCGCGACCGCACCCCCGUGCGCAUCGUCCGCGAACCCACACCCCCUCCCCCUCGAUCUCCCCCUCGAACCUCAAGACGCGAGACCAUAAUCGUAGAAGAGCGCCGGGAGGAAAGGCGGGCGCCGAGUAGGGCCCCAAGUCGCAGAGGCAGCGACGAGGUCGUAGUAAUCGAGGAACACAGUCCCCCGCGACGAAAAAAGAGUCACAGGAGUCGAGACCGGGACCGAGGAAGUCGACCGCCGCCCGAGGUCGAGAGUGGGUUUCGGACGGUGGAUCCCUCGGGCUUUGGGGGUGUGGUGGGGGGGAAUAGGAGGAGUGGGAGUAGGAGGAGGUAUGGAUGA